GCACAGUACUACAGAGUACUACUACAGAGUACUACUUGUACUAGAUGCAGUAUUUGUCCUGUAGCAGCAGAUGGAUUCAGAACCCCCCUCUGGCCUCUCUCUGGUCUCUGUGUUAUCUCUGUUAGCAUGUAGCUUCCAGGUGUUAGCAGCCGCCAUGUUAACACGCAGGUUUGGUGGGCGGAGCUCUGCAGAAGACAAAUGGAUCCUGCUGUGGCUCUUCUAUGAUGUCAUUGUCCACCUGACGUUGGAAGGUCCAUUUGUUUACCUCUCUCUGGUUGGGACGGUGAAGACGUCUGAAGGUCCUCUUGCUGAGCUCUGGAAGGAGUACGGUAAAGCCGACAGUCGCUGGUUGAUUUCUGAUCCGACGAUCGUCUCAAUAGAAAUUAUGACUGUCGUCCUCGACUCUGUGCUGGCUCUACUGUUGAUCCACGCAGUACUGAAGGACAAGUACUACAGACACUUCCUGCAGGUUGCUCUGAGCGUGUGCGAGCUGUACGGUGGCUGGAUGACCUUCUGUCCUGAUUGGCUGGUCGGCAGUCCUCACUUGAACACAUCCAGCUGGCUUUACCUGUGGGUCUACCUGGUCUUCUUUAACGGGGUCUGGGUCCUGGUCCCGGUCCUGCUACUGGUCCAGUCCUGGUUCUCCCUGAGGAGGCUGCACAAGUUCAUUCCAGACGAACAUGCAAACAGGAAGAAGAUAUAGAGACGAUCAACUGAUCAACUGACCACCAAUCAAUCAACACUAUUGAUCAGUGACUGCUGGCAGAAACUAAACACAAACUGUGAUUGAUCAUCAAUCGACUGCAUUGAUCUCUGAUAUAUAAAACAGUUACAGGACUCAAAGUUUCAAAGUUCAGAUGGGAAAUUUUCUCACUUUCAGCUUGAAAACCAGAAUAAAUCAUACACUGUUUCUGUUUA